AUGUCAAUCCAAAACAUGAAUCUGCAUCUAUCUGUGUAUCUGCUUCUUUUUAUGAUUGCAAGCUCUCAGGCUCAACAAAACUCCAAGCAGCCACCUAAUAGAAACAGCCAGCAAAUUGAUCGCUUGUUACUGGGUUGCCUCUAUCUGGACACAUUCCGUGCGUGCGGAGACAGGGGCGAGAGAAAACCUCAGUGGACGAGAUAUCCCGCACUCGACUCUCCACUUCAGGUACCGGUACCACACAGCGUAGUAGUUGCUGCGGCCAAGCUGUCCUCCACCGUUGGCAAAUCAUCAUUUCCCGCUUGA